GCUUCCGUGACAGCGGCAUAAGGCCGCCCGCGUCAAGACUUCCGUAGGCUGCUAAGACUUUUUCCUGCGUCUAGACUUCCGUAGGGCUGCUAAGACAACUCGCUAGCGUCAAGACGUCGUACGUUGCUAAGACUAUCCGUCCGUCAUAAAUAUGAUGUCCCCACGCAAGGAGUACAUAGCCAGACCCCCAAAGAAGAGGCCCCUGGCCCUAUUUAAUUACUCCAUGGAUAUUUCUCCACCAGUUUAUGAGGACGAUGAGAACAUGCAGCCAGAAGACCUAAGUAUGAAGAGCCGUCGUGUUCCCCCGCCUACCACGCCCACGCCCACGCCUCUGGUGUUACCGCCUUCACCCACACCGCUCGCCCCUACACGCUCGCCGGCUUCGCCCGCCCCCACUUACACGCCUCGCCGCCCCGCUGACAUCAGCGCCCUCCUGGGGCUCGUCGGAGGCAGGAUCAGCAUCUCCGCCAACAUCACCAACACCAGCAUCACUAACACAAACAUCACCAACAUUGCCACCAACGAUAUCGCCAGCAAGAGCAGCGGUGGUGGUGACUACAUCAACAACAGCAGUGUCAGCUACAACAACAGUGGUAAUUACAGCAGGAGCGCCGAUAACUACAGCAGCAACAGCUACACCAGCAGCAGCAGCAGCAGCAGCUAUACCAGCAGUUACACUAGUAGCAGCAACAGCCUCACCAGUAGCAACAGCAUCAACGGCUAUAAUAACAGCACUGUCAACAACAGCUCAAGCAGUCCUUGCAGUGCUAACUUCAGCACAAACAGCAGCAGCUUCAUGAGCAGUGCUGGCCUGCGUCUCAUCAGUGAGGUGGCUGCGGCCUGUGGGCGCCCUACAGUCCUACGGGCGCCGGGUGGGACGCCCACUGCCCACACCAGCCCCUACGCCCCUCCCACACCUCGUGAUCCUUUGCGUAAUGUUUUGAGGGAGCGCAGCGUGGGCGUGCGCUCGUGGCACUAUCAUCCGUACCUUCCUCUGGGUGUGUACGGUCUUCCGUCACCACUGCAAGUCGCUCACACGCCCACCUCCGCCCACAAGGAUGUCACCAGCCCAGCAGCACGCCCACGAGGGGGCUCAGUGUCCCCCCCAGGAGAGACUGGGUCAAGCAGCAGCGAGGGUAGCCCUGAGGGGCAGCAGGAGCCCCGGGGCCCUCGUCUGGCGUGCCCCGACUGCGGUAGACGCUACGCCACUAUGGCAGGUCUCGCCAAGCACAGGCAAUUCCACUGUCUGAAGGAUGCCGGCAGGUCGUUCUCGUGCAAGCACUGCGACAAGGUAUACACCAGCCUGGGCGCUCUUAAGAUGCAUAUACGCACCCACACGCUACCCUGCAAGUGUCACCUUUGUGGCAAGGCCUUCUCGCGGCCCUGGCUGCUGCAGGGCCACAUCAGAACCCACACCGGAGAGAAACCUUUCCAGUGCCCGCAGUGUGACCGCUGUUUCGCUGACCGCAGCAACCUGCGGGCUCACCUCCAAACCCAUACGGAUGUCAAGAAGUACGCCUGCAGGACCUGCCCGAAGACCUUCUCCAGGAUGUCCUUACUGGUGAAACACGAAGAUCACGGGUGUCCAGGGAUGCGUCCCCCGAGACCCCUAGUCUUGGCUCAAACUUCCCCGGUGUCCCUCUGACCGUAACGUCUCACAUGCUAAGGCCAGUGCCUUCACAUAGAAUAAGUUACAGUGCCGUGGCUGGACCACUUCGCCACUAACCUACUAAUUGAAGGUGAAGCUAAACGACAUUUUGGUCUCUCCUGGGCAAUUAUCAAGCCGAAAGUGAAAAGUGCCUUGACUCGGCUGUGAAAACAAACCGGAUAGUGUUACCACAGUUGUGAAUCUGCCUGUAAUCUUCAUAAGAUGAGAGUUAAACACGACUGUCAUAUAUCACCUCUCCCCAAGGCUCUCUGUGAGGGAGGCGAGCAGUCAGCUGUUCUCGUGUCCAGACGUAAAGGAGCCAAAGUGUCACUUAGUGCCUGUAAUGGUGCUGUGUCUAGUCAAGUUACACCCACUGUUGGUUGCUAGCCUCAGAGAGGAACAUGACCUAUCUUGCAUGAACCAUAAUGAUCUCACAAAAGAUUGGCAUUCACAAACUGUCUGAAAUAUGUGCCACAUUAGCUAUAACCCACCAUUCAGUCUUCAGACAAUACUACGAGUACUCGUGACCCUGUACGAGUACCUUCAUAACAUAACAAGAGUGAGUCAAGUUCUAGCUCAGUGUGUGUAUGUGUGUGUGUAUGUGUAUGUGUAUGUGUCUCAUACACAUGUGUGAAUGUGUGUGUGGACUCACACACACAUUUACACAUACACACUCGCGAGUGUUUGUGAGCAGGCCAGGUGUGUUCCUCUCUGAGUUGUCCCCAGCUUUACCCAAGACCCCUCUGCAGCAGCCUGGGGUCUGCUCAACGUACCUACAUUCCACCAGUCUCGUCCAUUGUAAUCCCGCUGUGGGGAGAGAGAGAGAGAGAGAGACUGGCUGCCUGAGAAUAAAGGCCAGGCACACCACCGUGAGAGUCUUGUGAGAAUGGAGAGUGUGAGAAGGAGGGUUUGAAAAUGACUGGAGAGUGAGAGAAGGAAUGAAUCUAUUCCAGAGAGAGAGAGAGAAAAGUGCAAACGAUCGAUUUAGAGAAAGCAACGACUGGAGAAACGAUAAACGUACGUAUAAAAUGAGAUUAAGUUGAGGUAAUCAGUUACGUGAGUCAGUUCUCUCCUCUCCUCAGCAGCGAGGAACUUCUUAAUCCGUAUCUGUAUCGAAAACUCGUCGAGACCUGAGUCCUUUCCUUGAGACAUGGUGAAACUUUCCGUUUAAGACAUUAUGUGCUUUAUUUUAGACAUGAUGAGACGUAUAUUAUGUGACCCUAGACUGGUGCGUGUGUCAAAAAUACUUACUGGUUCUGUCCUUACGAUGCCUUAAUGUACGCGUAUGUGUAAAUGUGUUGAUAUAUUUAUGUAUACAACCCGUGCUGUCCCGUUGAUCCUAUACACGAGUUAUACACCGUCUUGUAUUAUGCACUGGGCGCUCGUGCAGGAGUCCGAAAAGACUAAAGCAAGAGCCUGGAAAGUUACUAUAACACCGUUCGUCAGAGUCCCAAUGCAUUCCUCAAAGGACUCCCUGGAAAACCCCACUGAAUGUCCUUCCCAAGACCUUAAAAUGUCUUAGAGGACAUCUGAAGGGAUGAUUCUGGGACUCCUGUGAGACUCUUCCUGUGAGGAGCCAUCACAACACCAAUGACUAGUGUAGUAUUCUCGUGUGUGGCAUCAGAGAGGGACAAGUGCCACUGUGCCAACCACAAUACGGUGCCUUCUUCAAUACAAACUGUCUUCCUGUUGUAUAUGCAGAUUUGUCUUAGUUUCAA